AUGUCUAGAGAACUCUGCAAAAAUGCUAUGAAACCUCUACCUGCCUCAUCUAGCACGAAGGAAUGGACCGAAUCAUUUUCAGGUCACAAAUUGCCGUGGGAAAUUGUUGGUAACUUGUUCACCAUCUUCGGGCUUUCCGUUAUGACAGUGGCAGACUGGGAUCCUCUGUUUGCAUGCGACAAAGACAGAGACGAGUGUAAUAAGAGACAAUCUGGAGAGAAUUCGAGAGAGUGUGCCGAAGCUUGUUUGGCUCUGUGCAAUGAUGUUGAUUCUGUUAACGAUUUCGUGAUAGCUCUAAUGUCCGCGGCAUAUGCGCUGCAGAGCUUUUACGAAGGUGACACCAAUCUGAGCGACGACGAGAUUAUGGCGGAAGGCGAGGAAUUGGAAACCAUCAAGAGUAAGCUCGACUCAAAUGGCGGGAGCACUUCCGGCAAAAUGUACCCUAGUACUGUGUGCCGAGCGUGGAUGUUCAUGAGCUUGAUUAGAGACGAGAUUCUUGAGAUAUCUCUAGGACCUCCUUUGGGUGCUCAUGAGACCCAAAUGCGCCGCAAAGAGUUGAAGCGCCGCUGCGAGGAAAGAUACGCUCAGAUGCCUCACGAGUUGCGAUGGCAGCCUGAUGAUAACGAACGCCAUCGCUCAAUGUCAGCCCUUCAAUUCAGUCUGCAAAUGGCACUCUAUCAAGAAUAUAACUUGAACAAGUUUCCGAUUGACCGCUUGCCUGAUGAGGGAGCUUUUAACGUUAAACAAGAUCUCGUGGAUACCGCAAGAAAGAUGCUUGACGGAAUCCUUGUACUGUGUGCCAACAGGGAUAAGCUUACGAACUAUGCCAUAGGAUCUAUCGUCUACCAUGGUAUUCCAUCAGCCGCGAUACUAAGCGUUGAGCUAUUGAAGCAUUCUAAAUUCCCUCAGGAUUUGCGAGUAUCUCUGCCACGCUCAGAGAUCAUCCAGAACCUGAGUAUCUUCGUUGGCGCUUUAGAGUGGGUACGCCCUUCGGAAGGCAACUACACGCUCUGUAUUCGCAUGCGUAAAGUCAUCAAGCGCAUCUUGGAUCAGGUCCUGGAUAUGCCGCCACCAAACUCGUGUCAUUCAGAGAACAACGCUUUCCAUGACCCUGCACCGCCUGAUCUUGCUAUAUCUUCGAUCUUGGGUCCACAAGACGAGCCCGACUUCCUGGAAUGGCUCAAUUUAGUGGACUGGACGAGGGGCAUGCUUCCAGAUGCAUGGACAUGA